UGUUUGACUCACUGAUGUCGAGUAUAAAUCUGUGAUGCUGCACAAACAUGAACAGACAGACAGAAAGUCAAGAUGAAGGUGCAUCUGUUGUGGUCGACUGUUGUUCUUCUCUCUUCUCCUCUCAUCACAUUAUGUGACCCACUAUUCGUUCUGUCGGCUCCUAAUUUGCUGAGGGUUGGUUCCUCAGAGAACGUGUUCGUGGAGGCUCAGGAUUAUAAUGCAGGAGACCUGAUAGUGAGGAUCGUGGUGAAGAACCACCCGCGCAAAAAUGUGGAAAUCUUUUCUGAAUCGGUGACCCUGACAGCGGCCAACAAAUACCAGUUGCUGGCAAAGAUAAAGAUUCCCGAUGAUAAAAACUACUUCAGUGACGAUCCUCUGGAGAAGCAGUAUGUGUGUUUACAGGCUGAAUUUCCUUCUAAAACCCUGGAGAAAGUGGUCAUGGUGUCAUUUCAGUCGGGAUAUAUAUUUGUACAAACAGACAAACCCAUCUACACACCUGCUAGCACAGUCCAGUACCGGGUUUUCUCUCUGACUCCAAACCUUCAUCCACACAGUCAGUCUGGAGUCUCAGUGGAUAUCAUGAAUCCACAAGGCAUCACGGUUUUAUCAGAGAAGAUUUCUCCAAGUCAAGGAAUGAAGUCUGGAAAGUACAAUAUUCCUGAGGUUGCCAGUCCUGGGAUCUGGAAGGUGGUCACACGGUACGCAAACACCCCCCAGACGACAUUCACUUCAGACUUUGAGGUCAAAGAAUACGUGCUUCCAACUUUUGAAGUCACUUUAAUGCCCAGCAAGUCCUUCUUCUAUGUUGGUGAUGAGCGUUUAACAGUCGACAUUACUGCUGAGUAUCUGUUUGGGAAGAAGGUUGAGGGACAAGCGUUUGUGGUGUUUGGUGUUAUAGAUGGUGACAGUAAAACAAGUAUCGCCGCCUCUCUACAAAGAGUCCCGAUAUCUGAAGGAAAGGGUUCAGCUGAUCUGACCAGGGACAUGAUCAUUCAGACCUUUCCAAACAUCCUCCAGCUGGUUGGGAAAUCACUCUUUGUUUCAGUCAGUGUUUUAACAGAGACCGGCAGUGAAAUGGUGGAAGCACAAAAGAGAGGCAUUCAGAUUGUGACGUCACCGUACACCAUCCACUUCAAGAGAACACCUCAAUUCUUCAAACCUGGAAUGCCCUUUGACGUCUCGGUUUACGUGACAAAUCCUGACCAGACGCCUACUAAAAAUGUACCAGUGGAGGUCAACCCUGGAGGGGUCAUAGGUCAAACAAAAGCCAAUGGCAUUGCAAAGGUCACCGUCAAUUCUCAGGGAGAUUCUCCAUCACUGCAGAUCACCGCAAAGACCAUAGAUCCACAAUUACAAGAUGAACAGCAGGCAGUGAAGACGAUGACAGCUCAAGCAUACGUUCCCAAAAGCAACUCCCAAAACUACCUGCACGUCGGCAUUGAUGCUGCUGAGCUCGAGAUCGGUGAUCAGAUGAAAGUCAAUCUGUACACAGGAAGAAGUCCAGGAGCCAAAGAUCAAGAUUACACAUACAUGAUCAUCAGUAGAGGACAGAUCGUGAUGGUGGACAGGUAUAAGAGAAGAGGACAGUCUUUAGUCACUCUCUCUCUACCUGUGACUAAAGACAUGGUGCCGUCUUUCCGCUUCGUGGCAUAUUAUCAUGUGGGAUCAGAUGAGGUGGUGUCUGAUUCUGUUUGGGUUGAUGUGAAGGACACGUGCUUGGGAACACUCAGUCUUGAGGUAAAGAACAAGGCCAACACUUAUAGACCAGGUGAUGAGUUCAGCUUGAAAAUAACUGGAGAUCCUGGAGCUAAAGUUGGUCUGGUGGUGGUUGACAAGGCUGUGAAUGUCCUCAACAAGAACAGACUCACACAGUCGAAGAUCUGGGACGUGAUUGAGAAACAUGACACAGGUUGUACAGCGGGCAGUGGAAGAGACAGUAUGGGGGUUUUCUAUGAUGCUGGUCUGAUGUUUGAGUCCAGCACCGCUGGAGGAACCAAAAGCAGAACAAUGAACGAGUGCCCUACUCCUUCAAAGAGAAGACGGAGAUCAUAUGGUGACGAUGAUGAUGACUACCCAGACUCUGAAGAUAUUGUGUCACGGACACAGUUCCCUGAGAGCUGGCUUUGGGAGGAGGUGACUGUUCCUCAAUGUAUAGAUAAAACCUGCGUACUAUCAAAAGACAACAUCAACCUGAAGGAAUCCAUCACAACCUGGCAAAUCUUAGCCAUUAGCGUGUCAAGCACAAAUGGCAUCUGUGUGGCAGAUCCUCUGGAGAUGGUUGUUUUCGAGAUGUUUUUCAUCGACCUCAAGAUGCCGUUCUCGGCCGUUCGCUACGAGCAGCUGGAAAUCAAAGCUAUUAUUCACAAUAACAGCCGAAAGAAGAUGAAGGUGCGUGUGGAGUUUAUGGAGACACGACACAUUUGCAGCGCUGCCGGUAAGAAGCGUGAAUACAAAACAAUUGUAGAAGUCGAGGGCUCUUCUAGCAGAUCUGUUCCAUACGUGAUCAUUCCUAUGGAGUUGGGCAAACAUCAGAUUGAGGUGAAGGCUGCGGCGCCUGAUUUUAUCACCCCUGAUGGAGUGAAGAAGACCCUGAAAGUGGUGUCUGAGGGCGUCCAACGAGUGUUGAGGGAGAAAACUGUGAAGCUUAAUCCUGCGAAGCACGCCGGUGGAGAACAACAAGAAGUUAUUAGAACUUCCGCUCCAGUUGAUCGGGUUCCAGACACACCUGCCAGCAUUCUCGUCAUGGUAACAGGUGAGGACACGACUCAAACGGUUGAGCCGGCCAUUAGUGGAGAUUUUAUGGGUCGACUCAUAGUACAGCCCAGCGGGACUGCUGAAGAUAUUAUGAUCCACAUGACUCUACCUCUCAUUGCCACUCAUUAUCUGGACAGCACCAAUCAGUGGGAGACUGUCGGCAUGGACCGUCGAAGUGAAGCCAUUAAACACAUCAUCACAGGUUAUCAUGGGGAGCUGGCCUACCGCAAAACUGAUGGGUCCUAUGCCAGCUGGGUUAAUAGAAAAAGCAGCACCUGGUUGACUGCAUAUGUGGCUAAAGUCUUUGCUCUGGCCAGUAACCUCAUUUCUGUAGAAGAAAAAGUGCUCUGCAGCGCCCUCAAGUGGCUGAUUCAUAACAAACUACUGCCAGACGGAUCUUUUAAAGAGGAUGAAGCUGUAGUUCAUGGGGAGAUGGUUGGUGAUGUAUAUGGGAAAGAUGGAGACGCAUCUCUGACCGCUUUUGUUCUGAUCUCCAUGCAAGAGAGCAACGAGUUUUGUGCCAGAUCAGUUUAUAAUCUUCAUGACAGUAUGAGAAAGGCUGUUAGCUAUCUGGAAGGUAAACUUCACUCACUGACCAAUCCUUACGCUGUUGCUAUGACUUCAUACGCCAUGGCCAACACGAAGAAACUCAAUAAAGAGGAGUUGAUGAAGCACUCCACUCAACAGGAAGCCGGCAUCGCUUGGAUCGUCCCGGGACAACAUCAUCAUUCUCUAGAGGCCACAGCCUAUGCCGUGCUGGCACUCGUCAAAGCAAAAGAAUACGACACAGCAGGAGAAGCCGUGCACUGGCUGGCCAGACAACAAUCUCACUACGGCGGUUCUGGCACAACACAGGCGACCAUCAUGGUGUUCCAGGCGGUGGCUGAAUACCGAACCCAGAUGAAAGAGCAAGAUUUCAAUCUUGACGUGGAGCUGUUUGUGGAAGGAAGAAGCAGACCAAUCAGAUGGCGUUUCAGAAAAGAUAAUGUGCAUGUUUCACACACGCACAAGUUUGAUCUCAAUAAGAACUUAAAAGUGACGGCUAAAGGAACUGGAACAGCCGCUCUCUCAGUGCUCAUGCUUUAUUAUGCCAAACCUGUGGACAAGAUUUCUGACUGUAAACACUUUGAGCUGGAAAUUAAAUUUGAACUAGAAAGUUCCGUGAGUUAUCCAGGGGCUGAAGAAAGUUACAAGCUCACAAUGGACUUCUUCUACAAAAGUGAAACAAGAGACGCCACCAUGAGUAUUCUGGAUGUGGGUUUACUGACAGGAUUUAAAGUGGAUGAAAGAGAUCUCACAGAGUUGACCAUGGGCAGAGACAGAGCCAUUCAGAAAUUUGAGAUGAACAAGGAGCUCUCGGAUCGAGGGUCACUCAUCCUCUACGUCAAUAAGGUUUCUCAUGCCGAAAGAGAUAGAAUCACCUUCAGAAUACACAAGGUUAAUAAAGUGGGUUUGCUUCAACCGGCUGCAGUCACCGUCUAUGAAUAUUAUUCACCAGACGCACGCUGCACAAAGUACUAUCACCCUGAUAAAGAAGACGGCGCUCUGAGCAGAUUAUGUCAUGGAGAUUUGUGUCAGUGUGCUGAAGAAAACUGCAGUUUGCAGAAGAAAACAAAAGUCAGCAAAGAUGUUCGUUCGGAUAAGGCUUGUGAAGCCGGCAUGGAUUAUGUUUAUAAAGUCAAAGUGGUGGACAUGAAGUUGACAAAACAUUCAGACAUCUAUAAUAUGAAGGUGGAGCAGGUCCUAAAGGACGGCAGCGAUGAUGAUAUGGAGGGAAGGAUAAGGGAGUUUCUGGCUCAUCCCAAUUGCAGAACUGCUUUGGGAAUCGAAAAAGACAAGACGUAUCUCAUCAUGGGCAAAUCCACUGACCUGCCGAUCAUCGAGGCGAGACUGCAGUACAUCUUGGGUGAGCAGACGUGGAUCGAGUACUGGCCCACAAGAGAGGAGAGCCAAACUCCAGAACACAGGGAGAGAUAUACCGGCCUCUCUACACUCGAAAAGAAGCUCUUGAAAGAGGGAUGCUCUACAUUAUUAAGCACAUAAAAUAUAAAUACUUCAACAUCUUGCAUAAUCAAAAAAUAUAACCUUGAUGUUGGACGAAAACUUGGAUCUUCAUGUUCUCCACGUUUCAUAAUUUUUUUGUAAUUUUAGUUAAACCUUACCAAUACUUCAUGCUAUUCUGUGGGUUUUACAAUUGUCUAACCAAUGAAACAUAUUAAAAGAGCUUUUCAACUCACACGGUGUUUAAUUAAUAAAAAAGAACAAAAAAAGGUUCAGCAACAGAAUUUUUGAGAGUAUUGUUUAAAUUGUCACAAAACUUUACUUUGUUGUAGUUGCAUAAUAAAGGUUUGUUAAUUAAAUGUA